UCCCGAGUAUGCCGGUUUGGGUGACGUGCGCGGCCCCGGCUCUUCCUCGCUCCUCUCGCCAUGAUCUGUUUGAUGCUGACCAUCUUCGCGCACAUCUUCCCCUCAGCAUGGACGGGGGUUAAUGAGCGCACAUUUUUGGCCAUAAAGCCGGAUGGGUGUCAGCGGCGUCUGGUCGGAGAGAUCAUCCGGCGAUUCGAGAAGAAGGGCUUCAAACUGGUGGCCAUGAAGAUGAUGCGGGCAUCGGAGGCUCUGUUGAAGGAGCAUUACUUUGACCUUCGAGACCGUCCAUUCUACCAGCGUCUGGUAAAAUAUAUGGGCUCUGGACCGGUGAUUGCCAUGGUCUGGCAGGGGCUGGAUGUAGUGAAGACUGCGCGUGUCAUGAUGGGGGAGACCAACCCAGCUGAUUCCCUGCCUGGUACCAUCCGAGGGGAUUUCUGUAUAGAUGUCAGCAGGAAUGUCAUACACGGCAGCGACUCCACAGAGAGUGCGCAGCGCGAGAUCGCCCUGUGGUUUAAGGAUGACGAGCUGGUCUGCUGGGAUCACAGCGCUGAGAGCUGGAUCUAUGAGUAAUCUUUUAAGGAACAGAGAAAUUGGAGUACCAGGUGGAUUGUUCUCAUUAGAAAUAACACAAAAAAAAAGUGGAAAAACUUGAAUGUAAGGCAAAGUUAAGGGGGUUACAAUUUGUAAAUUUGGUUCCUGAGGGGCGUCUGCAAGCACUUAAACUUUCCGUCCAAUCAGAAUUUAUCCAAGGUAGGAAAUUGUUGCCACUAUUGUACCUCUAGCUCUCAUAAUACAGAGAUUAACCCUUUCUUGUAAAAGAUAAAAAAAAUAAUUGUUGCAUGGUGCAAAGACACACUACAUGGCACUGUUACUGCACUGGCAUUAAUAAAAUUUACAGGGGUUAGUCCUGCUGAUUGCCCCCCCACUUACUCCAAUAGUAGUGACUUGUUAGCAAUAUGAAUAAAAGGAAAAUCGGCACAGCUUUAACCUUUUGUGACCUUCACAUAA